ACUCACCACUGGAGUUUUUCCGCGCCGUGCCUGCAGGGGGGACCCUCAGCUCCGUCCCGACAGCUGACUGCACAGACGGAUCUGCACACGCACACCUGUCUGUGUGAGAGCUGCAGUCGGCUGCAGUCUGGCCGGACCCUCAGCCGGGCAUAGCUUCUUUUGGGACCCGAGCGAGAGUCCGCUGAGCUUUACGCGCAACACGCACUCCGAAAACCCGGGAAGACUUCUGCGCCCCGCGGCUCUCCUGCGCUCUGAGUCUCUGCAGGGAUUCCCCGUCCUCCUCCAUUUCUUCAUCAUCACCAUCACCAUCUCAUGCUCCAGGCCCUGGCUCUCGGCCCAGACACUGUUGACUGUUCCAUGGAAACCCUGGCCUCCGCUUGGGCCCAUGACCCCAUUGACCUCAGCGACCUCAGAGAGCAGUGUGACGAGUCGUCGCCCGAAUGGGAGUCUCAUUGUGUCUUUGACUCCACGCCUCCGGCUGCUCUGAUGUGGACAGAGGAGCUCUCUCCUCACCUCCAGAGAAACAAACAGCUCCAGGACACUCUGCUGCAGAGGGAGGAGGAGCUGGCCAGGCUGCAGGAGGAGAACAACAAGCUCAGAGCGUUCCUCAAUUCCUCCUUUGUGAGAAACCUGGAACAAAAGGCAAAGAAACUAACUGCUGAUGGGAGGAGGAAGGUGAAGAGAAACCUGGCUUGCUUUGACAGUUACUGUGGCGAUCAGCGAGCGGCCCCCCAACAAAUCAGCAAAAGAGUCUGCAGGAACCUCACUGCCAAGUUCUGCUCUGAGUCUUUAGAGACAUCUGCCUGCUCAGAACCAAACCUGGACCUCUGGGUCCUUCGAACUCUGGGACUGAAGGAUCGGGACACCAUCGAUACAUCCGAAGAAUCCUCAUCUGAGUGCAGUCUCAGGAGUUUGGUUUACGAUACUGCCGUCAAUCCAUCCUCAUUCCCAGAAUGCAAUCCCAACUCUUCUUUCAGCCCUCCGGUCAUCACAUCCACACACGCUUCAGUCCACAGUUACUGUCAAAGAGCAACACAUGAAACCAGCUCUAGGUACAGUGCUGCUGAAUGCCAAGAAGCAAACUGUGAAAAUCCUCCUGGGUCAGCUUCAAACUGCCCAGACGACUUCACUGCCACUCGAGUGAGCACACAUUACGAGGUUCCCGAAGCCGUGACCAGGACCUAUAGCGCCCCGUCUGCCGAGACCUGUUCUCUCACUGCCUUCAGUCAACUCCAAACUCUGGAGGGAAAUCCUGCUGACCAUCACUCAUACUGGUCUUCACUACAAGAAACCCAGACACCAUCACAAGACACAAUCCAGUUCACCCCACCAGCAGAAAGAGUCUUUUCCUCCCCCGUGUUGCCUUCAGGUCCAGACCAACCCAGGACUUCUGCUAGUGGCUGCAUUCCAACGAGCCCAUGUCAUCCUCCGGCAGCACCACAUACGCCUCGCAACCGGACAGAUUUGGCAUUCAGCAUGUCCCUCAGUCCAUCCAGCAGUGUCAAGACCCACAGCUUCCCCCAGGGACAGGCCUUUGUCAGAAAGGACAUGGAGGGCCGGUGGAACUUUACCUGGGUUCCCAGACAAGAACCAUAGGAAACCAGAUGGUCCUCACUCUGAAAGACAAUCAAAAGCCUCACAUUGUCUUACUGCAUAAACAUCUCAGGCUGAUCCUUUAGAAAAGCACAUUCAAGUGGACUCACUAUGGCUUUUAGACAAUGUUCUGGACUGAGUAUCAAAAAAUGCCUUGAAGGACCCUCAGGUUAAUCUUGAAGGCCACACGGACAGAUGUUUAAACAGUUCAGAGACCUAUGACAUCAAAGCUUGAAGGAAACACCUCUUUAACUCGCCUUUAUGAUGCUCAUAUUACUGACGAUUACUUGAUUGCAUUCUGUUUACUCAAUAAUCCAAAAGCUAAGAGUACAGUAGCAACUGGAAAAGAAAAACACGAGCCUGAGCAACCAAACCAUUUUAUUAAUGGUAUCUAAUGAAAAAACUUAAUCUUAACUUAAUGAAACAUUCAAAUUAACAAAACUGCCUAAAAUAACACCUGUAUGCUGACGUAUGCGUUUAGUCUGUAUUUUAAACUGCCACAUAAAAAUAAUAGUAAUGAAACUUUUGCUGCUUUGUGUCUGUAUUUUCUACAUACAUAUAUGUAUAUCACAUGAAUGUCAGCGAGGGACCAGAGCCAUUAUGACCAGAUGAUGAGUUCAUUUCUGAAAUCUUGUUGGCUCCUGCGAGUUAGCUGAGGACCUACUGACUAUGGUUCAAUGAGAGACUUUUAAAUGGACCAAGGCAUUGAAAAUGUGCCGAAGCCAACAUUAAGCCCUGGGGCUGGAAAUUAAGCCAAAUCCAAAGUGCCAAAAACUGCAGUUCCUCUAAUGUCCACCAGAGGCUCCAAAAAUGAGGCAGUCACCCCCCCUUUAAGUCAGACAUCAUUAGCCGUUU